GCAGAAAUACAAACCUACGGCCUUCAUGGGAAGAUGGUCGUGCUUGAGACCACGCUGGCGCGGGAGCGGGGUGUUCAUCUCUGACAUCGUGAAGGGUGGAGCCGCAGAGCUGGACGGGAGGCUGACCCAGGGCGACCAAAUCCUGGCCGUGAACGGGCAGGACGUGCGGGGUGCCUCCCAGGAGACGGUGGCCGCCCUCCUCAAGUGUGCACAGGGCCUCGUGCAGCUGGAGAUCGGGAGGCUCCGAGCCUGUGCCUGGACCUCUUCAAGGAACACGUCAAAGCACAGCCAGGGGGACCCCCGUGGCACACAUGGCAGCUGCCCACCCGCCUUGGCCCCAGUCCUUGCAGGCCUGCAGAGCCUGGUCGGAGCCCGAAGAGCUGCAGGUCCUUCGCAGAGGAGCCCAGGCACAGACACAGAGCCCAGGACAGUGGAGAUCUUCAGGGAGCUCAGCGACGCACUUGGGAUCAGCAUCGCGGGUGGCAAAGGCAGCCCCCUGGGGGACGUCCCGGUCUUCAUCGCCAUGAUCCAGGCCAGCGGGGUGGCAGCAAGGACGCAGAGGCUCAAAGUCGGGGACCGAAUCGUCAGCAUCAACGGACAACCUCUGGAUGGGUGGUCACACGCAGAUGCGGUGGCAAUGCUGAAGAACGCCUUUGGUCGCAUUGUCCUGCAGGUUGUGGCUGACACCAACAUCGGUGCCAUAGCGACCCAGCUGGAAAGCAUGUCUGCAGGCCCUCAUGCCAGUUUGUCCGGCACUGACCAGCCCUCAGAGGACACAGAGACACCUCCAGCUAAGAUGAUAACGUUGGAGAGAGGCUCGGAAGGCUUGGGGUUCAGUAUCGUGGGGGGCUAUGGAAGUCCCCACGGAGACCUGCCAGUCUACGUCAAGACAGUGUCUGCAAAGGUACUUCACCCUUCCUGCUACUUCUAUUAG